AUGGAGAUGGAGGACCACAGGGCGUAUGCCACGGCUGAUGUGCCCCCCGACGUUCGAGCGCCACCCAAGAAACGCAGGCGCAUCGUCAUCUCGUGCACGGAGUGCCACCGGAGGAAGCAAAAGUGCGAUCGCGACCUGCCCUGUGCCAAUUGCAAAGCACGCAAGAAGGAAUCCGCCUGCCGCUACGAAACCAAUGCGCCGACGGCCAAAGAGCGCGGCCAGACGUCCAUCGACAGCAGCAGACCGGGACACAACGGGCCGACGCUGCCACCACUCCAGAGCCUCGCCGCCGCCGCCGCCAACUGGGGCUACUCGCCGUCCGGGGGCUCGACCAUUGGGUUCCUCAAGAAGAUCGAAAGCGCCAACGGCGACACGAGCCUGUCCGCCUCCGCGCCGCCGACCGACGACGAACACUACGCCAUCAAGGAGCAAUACAAGUCCCUCAUCAGGCAGCUCCCGGCCAAGGGCUACAUCGAACGGCUGAUCAAGAUCUACUUCCGCGAGUUCAACCACAACUACUAUCCCCUGGACGAGGACAUCUUCCUCGUCCAGCUGGCGGAGUGGAACAACCUGUCCUUCAACACGCUGUCGUCGUCGGGGCCGCAGGGGCUGUCGCCUGAUCUGCGCGUCUUCCCCGCCCUGCUCUUCCAGGUCCUCGGCACCGCCCUGCUCAUCUUGACCGACGAGCCUCACGAGUUCUACGACCACCUGAAGUAUGCGGGGAGCAUGAGCUUCGAGGACCUGGCUGCCGACUACAGCGAGUCUGGCAUGAGCAUCCUCAAUCUGCUGGGCAAGCGGCACCUGACGCUCUCGGCCGUGCAAACCACCUUUUUGCGGGCCAACUUUCUGAAGCACGUGGGCAAGGUGACAGAAUCU